CAACAGAAAUGAAACUGAUCAAUCUUUGUUUGUGUUUCCAGGUCAUCAUUCCACUGGUGAUGUGGGUCCCUCCAUACUGGUUGUUCCCUGGGAAGUAUCCUAUGUUUGUCAACUGUCCAAUUCUUUAUCUUUUUCGUGUGUAUUAAAACUUUAGUAGUCAGACUCAGAACACCCCGUAUUAUCUGCAUUUUGUUCCCUGGAAGCUGCUUGCUUUUGUAGUAAGCGAUUUUAGCAUCCUUGGAAAGGUAAUGGAACUAUAAAACCUGGGCUCCGGUAAUGGGCAAGCACUGGGAAGUAGAUUGAUAUGCAGAUGGCUUGGUCCAGAAAGGAAGGCUGGUCUGUGGAAAUGUACCCAGUCUUAGCGGCAGUGGCCAUAGCAGGGUGUGAGAUAUUGCAAGAUGAGUGAGCGGUUCUCAAGGCCAGGAGGGCGAGAGGAGGUGGGAGACAGGAUCAGGAGAGGAGCAGCCGUGUGCUUCGGGGGUUCCCAGGCAGACAGGGUGAUGACCUCACUGAGAAAAGGGGAUAAGAUGCACAUACAAAUCCUGCAGCUAUGCAUGGCUGCUGGGUGCUCAGAGCGAGAGGCCUGUGUGGGAAGGUAAGAGGUGACACUGGGCACAGGGUGGAGGUCAGACAGUGAAGAGCAGUUUAAAGCCAGUUUUACGGAGGAACCAGCAGGGCAGAAAGGUCCUGUGUUUGUUGGUGAUAGGUAACCGCUGAAUGUUUUGAACAAUUGCACACAUUUCUAGAAGUCGAAGCCUUGACAGCUAGAGACCACCAGAGAAGAGGAGUCAGAGAUCAGUUGAGAGGGUGUGACAGGUGCUACUAACUGGUAGCAAAAGUGACUGGUGACCAUGGAGAUCUAUACAAGGGGACAUUUGAGAGAGAGACAUCCCGGGUGGUGAGUCUGUAACAUGGCAACAUGGAGAAGGGACUAAAGAUGCUACUAACCCAGGCGGACACGGGGCUUGGGAAUCAAGAGAAGCAGAGAAGCCAGGGAACCAGCAGGUCUGGAGGAAAAAGAUAGGAUUACUAUCAGAAAUCGGAAUGUGAGUUUCCAAACUGGAAACAUUAUUUUAAAAGAUAAGUUCUUCAUCAUUUCUUGCUUCUUAGAACUUCCAUGAGAAAUACUCUGAAAGAGGAAAAAAACUAGACCAAAGGAUUCACACCACAAAGAAAUUCUUAAAGGACUAAGAAUAGUCCUAUGAAAUAACAGGUGCUUAAUGAAUAUUUAAUGAAGCUAUUAACAAUAAACCUAGUCAGUGAUUUUGCUAGAAAUUCACAGACUCCAGAUUGGACAAUAAUUUUUUUUUUCCUUCCAUUUCAAGUUGUACUUGUUUUGAAGUAGGAAUUAAAAGGAAGAAUCAUGAGAUGUUGCUAACAACGAAGACAACUUAUAGAGAUGCACAAAUCUUCAAAUCUGGGCCACAUGGUGAUUAAGGAAGAAAAAAGUAUCAAAGGAACCAUGGUCAGUAAGGAACCCAGCAAAUGCGUACUCACGACCUCCGCAAGUGAAGUGGAGCCUGCCGCCUGUCUGGCCCUGGAGAUGAAAUAUGCCCUGGAUCCCAACCGGCAGAUUAAGAAGCGGAAUAAAGCCCUGCAGGUGCGCUUUAAGGACAUCUGCGAGGCGCAGAACGAGCAGAGGGACACUCAGCUCGCCUCGGGCCCGCAGGGUGACAAGCGGGAGGCCAGGCCCGCGUCCUGCAGGGCCGCCUACCGAAAGUACAUGACCGUGCCCGCCCGGCGCUCCAUACCCAACGUCACCAAGAGCACGGGUGUGCAGACCUCGCCCGACCUCAAGAAGUGUUACCAGACUUUCCCUUUGGACCGCAAGAAGGGGACUCUCAAAAGCAUCCCAGGCACGGAGGCCUUUAAAAGUCAGAACAACGGGUUGGUAAUUGACGCGAAAGAGAAGAGCCAGGAAGGGCCCGGCGAGGAGGCCCGGCCGUGGGGUGCCGGCCGGGUGCAGAAGACCACGGCCUUGGUUUUCCACUCCGACGAACACGUGAACGCGCUGGGGCCGCCCGCGGGAGUCAACUGCGCCGAGCCCUGCAAAACCCCCGACCGGCACAGCUGCCGCGAUGCCCGGGUGCAGAACUCCACUCGGUCGUCCUCCCAGGAGCUGGAGUACCAGCUGCCCGGGAAAGCCAGGCAGGGCAGGGUGACCCCGGACACUGAGGAGCCGGCUCCAUCGGCCCACCGGAGGGUGUUUAAGACCGAGGUGGCCACCGUGUACGCACCCGCCCCAGGCACCAAGGCCCCGGCGCCGGCCUUGUCAAACUCCGCCCCCUCGAGCGAGUGGUCCCUCUGCCCCGCCGUGGACCUGGAGCGGAGAACCGCCGCGCAGGCCAGCGGGCUCCCGACCCCUCCGGGCGCCGCCCCAGCCUGCUCGCCCCCGACGCAGUGCCUGUCCCCAGAAUGUAGCGAAGAAGACGCCUCCCUGCAGACUCAGGCCCCCUCGGGGCAGGAGCGCCAGCCUUGUCCCCCGGCGCUCGCUGCAGAUGAAGGAUGCCAACAGAUCGUGCCUCACACGGAAGUGGUCGACCUGAAAGCACAGCUUCAGAUGAUGGAGAACUUGAUCAGUUCAAGCCAGGAAACCAUCAAAGUGCUCUUGGGGGUCAUUCAGGAGCUGGAGAAAGGAGAAGCCCACCGGGAAGGGCUUUCAUAUCGGACUGGGCAAGACACAGCUAACUGUGACACAUGCAGGAACAGUGCAUGUAUUAUCUAUAGUGUGGAGCUAGAUUUCAAGCAGCAGGAAGACAAACUCCAGCCAGUUCUGAGGAAACUUCAUCCGUUCGAGGAAACUCAGGUCGCACCUUCGCCUUACACUCAGGAGACGUACUCCUCAACUCCCAAGCAAAAAUCCAAAACUGAAUCUAAAAAGCACGGACGGUGGAAACUCUGGUUCCUUUAACACUCACGGUGUUUGGAGUCUGAAGGCCGUCUUGAAAACCCACUGGAGUUCAAAGUAAACCCUUUUCCAAAACAAAUAGGAUGGAGUGAAGGGCGGCUGAGCCGGGCACCACCCAGUUCUCCCCCUGCUUACCAAAAAGGCCUUUGUGACAGAUCAGCUCACAGAGGCAAGGGAGUGCAGGUCAUACCUUGCCGUCUGUCUCUGCAGUUCGGGGAUGUGGGAUGUAAAAUUGGAAACGAAACCUAACACAGUCAAAGGUGACACCUAAAAUUUCUAUGCCCCCACCCCCAGAUCGGCAAGGAUUAGGUUAUCAACCUGCAGAACGGCAGGCUGUCACUCUGUAACACAGCGAAAACUCAUAAUUAUUUUCAAGCCUUUAUUUUUUUUAAAUACUGAGAAGAA